CCGAACGACGGUGGCGGCAAAGGAAAGGCAGCGUGUCAACAUAAAAGUGAGAAAAGGAAUAUGCUUCGUCUCUGGCUCGAAGGAAAAUUAUCAAGGGUUAAACAUGCAUCCAUUGUCGAAGCCUUCACGUCCCUUCGUUCUUUGUCUACGUUUCAGGGCAUUGACAAAAGAUUUCUUUGAUCAAGGAUUUGAACAAGCUUAAUUAGAGCUUCUCUUACUUUGCUCCGCUCUCAUUAUUGCAAGAAGCAUGCAUAUCUGUAUCAUGGCUCGAGUUAUUAGCAGAUUAUAGCUCAUGAGGUCUACAUUCUCGACAGAGUGCAGGAGGCAAAAUUUGUUUCCUUUUUGGUAAAUGCAGAGAGUAAUGAGCAUUGCAGCAAAUUUGGCAUAAUUAUUGGAGGACAUUAAGUCCUACAAUAAGGUGUCUGGUGCAGAGAGAGAGAGAGAGAGGCAAGAAUUGAUUAUUUGACAUCAUGGGUUCUGGCAAAAUUUUGUGCACGAUAUUGUCUUUGUUUUCACAAUUCAUGGCUGCAUUCUCUAAUUUGCAGCAGUAUGAGAAUCCAAGCAUGGGUUUUCAUGGAGGUGAGAAAGGAACUGGCGGCAGCUUGUUGUCCGAAGGGGUGCAAUUGCAUAUUCAAAAAGACUAUGUGGUUUUGGACAAUGGCAUACUGCAGGUCACGUUAUCAAAUCCAGGAGGGCAUGUCACGGGAAUACAGUACAAUGGCCUCGAGAAUUUGCUCGAAACUGACAAUGGCGAAUCUAAUAGAGGGUACUGGGACGUUGUUUGGAGCGGGGAAGGAGUUACACGAAAAAAGGGUGAUUUGGACAGACUGGACGGAACCAAUUUAACUGUAGUAGUUGAAUGUGAAGAAAAAGUUGAGAUCUCCUUCACGAAGAUGUGGAGUUCCUCACUUCAGGCCAAGGUUGUCCCCUUGAACUUCGAUAAAAGAUACGUAAUGCUUCGUGGGUCAUCAGGAUUCUACACAUAUGCCAUUUAUGAACAUUUGAGGGGCUGGCCUGCUUUUGAUCUUGAUAAUACCAGGAUCGUGUUCAAGCUUACUAAGCAAAAGUUUCGCUAUAUGGCCAUAGCAGACAACAGACAACGUUAUAUGCCCCUGCCUGAAGACCGGUCACCAGAGAGAGGACAGACUCUAGCCUAUCCAGAGGCAGUCUUACUUGUCCACCCCGUAGAGCCUGAAUUUGAAGGAGAGGUGGAUGACAAAUACGCAUAUUCCUGCGAGAGCAAAGACAUUGGUGUUCACGGGUGGAUAUCGGCCGAUCCGCUUAUUGGUUUCUGGCAAAUUACACCGAGCAAUGAGUUCAGAACGGGUGGACCCCUCAAACAAUUCCUAACUUCCCAUGUGGGCCCCACUAGUCUUGGCGUAAUGCAUAGCACUCAUUAUGCGGGAGCGGACGUCACAAUAAAAAUCGGGCCUAACGAGCCAUGGAAGAAAGUGUACGGCCCAGUUUUUGCUUACGUCAAUUCUCUGUCGGAUGGAAAGGACCCACUCUCACUCUGGAAAGACGCUAAAAAACAGAUGAUGAAUGAAGUUCAUAUGUGGCCCUAUGACUUCAUAGCUUCAGAAGAUUUUCCACCGUCAAAACAACGCGGUAGUGUCGGUGGCAGAUUACUGGUCCUAGAGAGGUACGUUUCCAAUGCAACGAUAUCUGCAGAAGGUGCUUAUGUGGGGCUGGCAGCCCCGGGAGAAGCUGGCUCCUGGCAGCUAGAAUCCAAGGGCUACCAAUUUUGGACCAAAACAGAUGGUUGUGGAAAUUUCACAAUCAAUGGCAUACGGUCCGGUGACUACAAUCUUUAUGCAUGGGUCCCUGGUUUUAUUGGAGAUUACAAAUUUACUUCUGUCAUUAACAUAAACUCAGGUUGUAACAUUGAUAUCGGUGAUCUUGUAUAUGAGGCUCCAAGGAAUGGCUCCACGUUGUGGGAAAUAGGUUUCCCUGAUCGUUCUGCCGCAGAGUUUUACAUUCCUGAUGCAAACCCAAAAUAUAUCAACAAACUUUAUCUCAAACAGGAAAGGUAUAGACAGUAUGGAUUAUGGGAAAGAUAUGCAGAGUUAUAUCCCACUGCAGAUUUGGUUUUCACAGUUGGCAAGAGUAACCAUACAACAGAUUGGUUUUUCGCUCAAGUUACAAGGAAGAAGGGUAAUACCACGUAUGAAGGCACUACAUGGCAAAUAAAGUUCUUGCUGGAUGAAGUGGAUGAGCGCGCAGCAUAUAAGCUACGCUUGGCGCUGGCAACAGCUAAUGUUGCCGAAUUGGAGGUUCGGGUGAAUGAGCCAAAUGCAAAUCCUCUAUUUUCAACCGGAGAGAUUGGCAAGGAUAACACGAUCGCAAGACAUGGGAUUCAUGGGCUUUACAGGCUAUUCAAUGUUGAUAUUCCCGGAGCUCAGCUUCUGAUAGGAAAUAAUGCCAUUUUUCUGACACAAACAGCCAGUAUCAGCCCUUUCCAAGGAGUUAUGUACGAUUAUAUUCGCUUAGAAGGUCCACCACCACCACAUUAAUUAGAGCAUGAUAAACCCUUCUAGGAGAUAUGAUUUUUUUCAGGGAAAACAUUAGCUAGCUCUAUGUCUUCAAACGAAUAUCGGCGGAAAUCAUAAUACAGGCGCACACCUUUUUUUGUUUU